GGCGGCGGCGGAGAGCGGGGCCCGGAGCCGACCCUGACUCCCUCGUCUGUCCCGGCCCGGGAGUAGAGCGCCCGAGCCAAGGCCCCCCUCUCAGCCAUGAACCUGGCCAGUCAGAGCGGGGAGGCUGGCUCCAGCCAGCUGCUCUUCGCCAACUUCAACCAGGACAACACGUCCUUAGCUGUUGGUAGUAAAUCUGGUUACAAAUUCUUCUCUCUUUCCUCUGUGGAUAAGCUGGAACAGAUUUAUGAAUGUACUGAUACCGAAGAUGUGUGUAUCGUGGAAAGAUUGUUUUCAAGUAGCCUGGUGGCUAUUGUUAGCCUCAAAGCUCCACGGAAGCUAAAAGUCUGCCACUUUAAGAAGGGGACUGAAAUAUGCAAUUAUAGCUAUUCCAAUACCAUAUUGGCAGUCAAAUUGAAUAGGCAGAGGUUGAUAGUAUGCCUAGAAGAAUGUCUAUACAUACACAAUAUUCGUGAUAUGAAGGUACUGCAUACAAUCAGGGAAACUCCCCCUAACCCUGCAGGUUUGUGUGCGCUGUCAAUAAACAAUGACAAUUGUUAUCUGGCUUAUCCUGGGAGUGCGACUAUUGGGGAAGUACAAGUCUUUGACACUAUUAAUUUGAGGGCUGCUAAUAUGAUACCAGCUCAUGAUAGCCCCCUAGCAGCCUUGGCUUUUGAUGCAAGUGGUACCAAACUUGCCACUGCUUCUGAGAAGGGAACUGUGAUUAGGGUAUUUUCCAUCCCAGAAGGACAGAAAAUCUUUGAGUUCCGGAGAGGAGUAAAGAGGUGUGUAAGCAUUUGCUCUUUGGCCUUCAGCAUGGAUGGAAUGUUCCUCUCUGCAUCCAGUAACACUGAAACAGUGCACAUCUUCAAACUUGAGACUGUGAAAGAGAAACCUCAGGAGGAACCCACUACCUGGACUGGUUACUUUGGGAAAGUGCUUAUGGCAUCUACCAGCUAUUUGCCCUCUCAAGUAACAGAAAUGUUUAACCAGGGUAGAGCAUUUGCUACUGUCCGACUACCAUUCUGCGGUCACAAAAAUAUCUGUUCACUUGCCACAAUUCAGAAGAUUCCCCGAUUAUUAGUGGGAGCUUCUGAUGGAUACUUAUAUAUGUACAACCUGGAUCCUCAGGAAGGAGGGGAGUGCACUUUGAUGAAACAACACAAAUUGGAUGGCAGUAUGGAGCCGGCCAAUGAAAUCUUAGAAUCUGCAUCCCAUGACCGUCCAUUAGUAGCUCAGACCUACAGUACUGCUGUGACAAGAGGUACUUAUGUACCUUCCUCACCUACAAGACACGCAUACACAGAGGAUCUGGGUGCAGUGGGUGGUGCUUGUCUGGAAGAUGAAACCAACGCACUACGAUUGGAUGAAGACAGUGAGCAUCCUCCUAUGAUUCUUCGAACUGACUGAACUUUAACCUGUGAACUCUAACCCCUUGAAGCAGAGAAAACACUGGCUUGAUACUUCUUUGAGGACUCUGUGUUAAGCUGCUACGAACUUUGAUGUGACUUGGGGAGACAGGAUGGCAGAGACAUUAAGUUGUAGCCGUAGACUAAUUCUAUACUAUUGAGAAAAUAUAUUGUUUUCACUUCUGUGGCUUUUAAUCUUACCUAUUUUAGCUUUCUUGGUUGUGUUUUUUUUUCCCAUUUAUUUGCCAAAAUCAGCUGUUUGGUGAACCCUUAGAAACUCCUCGCUUUGCAUGCAUUCAUGUGCCAAGCUAGCAUAGGAGAAAGAGAAGCCACUUUAUAACAAACUAAAGUUUGUAUUUCUUUUUAUACAUGUAUAUAAUAGUAAGUAUAUAUAAAGAAAGUGUGAAGACAUGGUUCUUGAUGCUGAGGUUAGUUCUGCACUGACAAAGAUCCAGAAAGUUUCUUAUGCAUGGGCUUGUCAGUGUACUUUAGUGACUGACGUGUGACCUUUUAAGAGACACCCUCUUUCUUUAGUUCCCCACUCCUGGACCAUUUUUUUUUUCUAAAAAUUUAUUUUAUUUUUCGUUAAUUAAAUUCCUCCUGAAUGUUGCUCAUUUGUGGGACUUUUUCUGUGGUGGACUUUUCUUUUGUUCUUGGUUUUGUUUUGUGGGAGUUGGACAAGGGAGGUCUGUUUCCAGAUCGAAAGUCAACUCCUUCCCCUCAGCAUGUGAAGUAGAAAAAAUACUUGAAAACAUCUAGAGAAUAAGAUGGCGUGUGUAGUUAAAUCAUCUGUACCUUAUUUUAGAAUUCAGUAUUUUUUUUUUUAAUCAGUGUGCUGACUUUAAGGAGAGUGCCUGUUGACUUAGUUUUCCCAGGAAAGCACAAAAAAUUUUUAGUUCAAUCUGUAGCUAAGCUGCCUUCUUACUGUAACUUUACCCUUUCCAUUCUGUAAGGGUUUGAUCUUUAUAAGAGAAAUCUUGAGGCACAACAAUAUGAGAAAGAAGAAACUGGAUAUAAAAUGCCGACUUAGCUAGGUUGUGUUCUGUGUACCUUUUGUGUCCUAAUUUUUUAAAAUGUAUUUAACAAACUAUGAGAUUGUGGUUCUAAAUGUCACCACUCUGUCAGAUUCCCUCUUCCUUUUUUUUUUUUUAAAUGGGGGAUACAGGCUAAAGCAUCCUGAAUUACCUCAAAAUCUGCAUUCCAAAACAAGACACAAACUAGUUUAUUUUGUGAUAGAAAAUAAUGGUUCGAAGGAUAUAAAUCUAACUCAGGGCUGGGCUUAAAUAUGAUUAAAUAGAAGCAAAAAAAUGUUGCUUAAACUAGUUUUUUGGUUUCACUGUUGAGUUUUGAACAGUUGACAGGAAUGAAAGAAGGGAGUUUUUCAGAUCUGCUCUUUGUGUCUUUCUUGGUCACUGGCUGAAUUAAACCAUCUGUGAAGGGAAAAAAAGUUAAUUUACAGGUGGUAACCAAAGUUACCAUCAGUAAAACAGAUCUCUAAGGCAAAACCUGGCUGUAUGUAAUCUCUCUCCAUCUGUUCAGAAAUCAAUUCUACAAGUUGGUAAAGACAAGGAGACAAAAGGUAUAGGUCUGAUAAGCAUCUAAAUGAAUAAGUGGUAAAAAAAAAAAUGAGAAUCGCCCAUAUUUCUCUUUAAACAAAAACUUCUGGUUGUAUUCACUGGAGCCUUGCUAUAAAGUGAUUCCUAGGAACAAUGUAGAGUCAUUUAGGUAUAUUUUGGAGUUGAAGUAGUGGAAAUGCUAGCAGAAUUUUCUUAUCUUUGUCAUAGUUCUUGUGACAUGGCCCCUGGGAACACUUUUGUAGAAAGAUUCCACAGUUCAUAGCAAAAGUUAUCUAAUAGCUUUAAGUUUUCUCAUUUAGCUCUCUCUACCACUAGGAUGUGGCAUUGGAUUUCAUGUCCCCGUUUUGCAGUUCAGAGUAAGAAGUUUACAACCUAGCUUAGUUUUUUGAUGAAUGAAAAAGGAGCUACUUCCUGUCCUUUGUAGUGAAAGGUCAUUGAAAUUAUUUUGGGAGCAUACAUACUUAUUUAUUUAUUUGGAUAGAUUUGAAGGGCUGAAUUUGCUUUCAUGGCAAGGCAGAUAGUUACCAGGGGUAAAAGAUAUACAUUUGUAUCCUUCUUUGAUAUUGGUAGUGCCAAAAGUGUUUUUGGAAUAUGUGACUGGCAGAGAAGGGGAGUUUAAAAUAAGUUAAAGUUACCUUUAGUAGUCUUUGACUUUGAACAUAAAGUUUUAGUGUACUUCAGAAAUGGGAGGUAAGCAUUUCUCAUUGAGAGCCUACUUUACUGGUAAACUAUACUCGUUAGCCAACAUUUUGGCUUUUUCACUGCCCAUUAGCACUUCUUCCAUUUGGGAAUGGAAAAAAAGGAGAGGAAACAAAACUUAAUCUGAUUUAAUAUCUAUUAUUAGAUAGGGAUCAAUAAUCCCUUUAGCAUGUGGUGUAGGGGUCGUUAGAGUGCCUCUAGUAAGUGCCAUACCCACCUACCUCUGUAUUAGAUGAUCUGAUACAGCAGAGAUGAAUGGGACUAAAAAUUGGAAUAUACCUUGGCCCAAUUCUACAUACCCUACUAAUAUGCUGAACUCUGAGUAAAAAAAUCCCUUUUUUGUUAAACCAAAUUUUAAUUUUUUUUUCUUCCUAAUUUUUUUUAGAGUGAAAGAAAGUCUAGUGAACUAGUUUGAGCCAAGAUCAAGCUAUUGAAUAAAAAACUUUUUUUUUUUUUUUAAAACUACAACUCACUAGAUGGUUAAUUCAGUUCUAGUCCUUUGGAUACAAGGCUUGGUAGAAAACAUCUACUAGCCAUGAUUAGUGUCUUGAAUUACCUAGGGAUUUCAUAUACGUGCUAUUUUUAUUCCUCAGUACCAGAAGUAAUGAGCUAACUGCAUAUAGUCCAGCCCUUGUUUGUGGUAAAGUUGAAGGCCAGUUGAUAGCCUGUCUUGGCACUGAUUCUUCAGGCAUUUAUUCUUAAGCCAAACAGACUCUAGGAGUAUUUGAGUUAACUUUUUUUUUUUUCCAGAGUGUGAGUCUUUUGGGCUCUACUGUUAGUUUAUGACCUCACUAACAAUGGAAGCUCAUUUGCCAUAGUAUUGCUGUAUUAAGCAAAGACAGACCAUUACAUCCAUUUUGGCUAUGAACUGGCCAUCUUGUUUCUGUUGUGUCCCAGUUAGAAAUACCUAGUGGUUCAAAUGGCUUGUGGACCAGGAUGAUAUAUUGGAAUGCAUGUGUUCUGUUUCUGCUCCUCCCUAGGACCCUGAGAAUUAUAUAUUAGCCAAAUCAUUUAUUGAACCUCCCCCUUCUUGGGGUAAGGAGAUAACUUUACUACCACUCAGGUUGUCCCUACCCCCCUGCCCAUCAAGCCUGGUUCCAUUUCACCUCCUUGCAGGCUAUCCCUGGGGCAAGAAAAAGAGUCAGCAGCUGCCUCGCCAGAUUGUGAUUUUUGAGUGAUUCCAAAAGUGAUGGUGGGAACAACUGAGAAACUUCAGAUGUUUCCUUUGUACUCUUGACCUUCUUUGUUUCCCCUGCAGCCCCUAAACAGCCUCUUUUCCUUUUCUUCACAGAUCAUUUCUCCUUCACUUAAACUACGUACAGUGUGUCACACACAACAAAUGAGACUUGUAAAGCUGUCACAGAAUAUUUUAAAAUGUUGUAAUGUUGACUGUUCUACAAAGGGGCUAUUUGUAGAUAAUUGCAUAAGGAAAGUUGAGACCCUACAGAUGAUAGUGACCAGAACAAUCAAACUGAGUUAGAAAUUUUUUUUAUAUUAAAUUCCUUUUCUAUUUUCUUGACUUUCAUAAUGGAAUUGGCACAAACAAGUUAUAUGAAGCAUGACUUUAUAAUAGGUAUAGAUAAGCAUCUCUUUUGCAUGCUGAAUGACUGAGUCACUUAAUUGGAAAGAAUAUUUGAUAGUUUCGUGCUUGAGCAACUAAAAAUCCAAAUAUAUUUUACAAGUGUACUUAAUAAUUAUCAAAACCAAAAAGGAUGCAGCUAGGUGAAAGCUUUUGUCUUUAGUUCCAUGGCACCCAGAGUUGAGAGCUAAUAGCUUUUUCUUCUUGAUAUAAGAGGAUAGCACACUUGAGCUAUUGGUACAAUUUUGGUAGAAUGCAUUAUCUAGAACUUUAGUUCUUUGUGUGUGCAUAACUUAUUUCAGGUUGAAAUUACACAUUUGGAGGCAUUUAUUAAGCAGCCAGAUUUUUCAUGUGUAUGUUUUAGUUCUCACCUGACCAGGGUCAUAACAUAGAAAUAACUUUGGUCCAUAUUGGAUCUCUUUUCCCUUCUUUAUACUUUGUUCACAUUGUCUUAAGAUUCUGCAAGUUUCAGGUGGGGUUCCUGAAAUUUCUUUGAAUAGACAUGGCUUCCUUUACCCCCCUUCUUUUUUCAUCCUUUAUUAAUGAUGGACUAGGGAAGAAUUUGACUUUGGAAAGUCAAAUCUUAUUAAAGUUUGUAAUUUGAUAGUUUUUUAUUGUCUCACCUCCAUAUUGGCACUUUUUUUCUUUUUACUGAAUUUUAGUUUUUAAUUUUUCUUUUCUCGUUUCCUUUUUGGAUGAAGCUGAAGCAUGUAUUGCUAAUGUUUGUCUUGUAUGUGUGUGUAAACAGUGUAAAAGUAUGCUUACAAAUUACAUUCCACUCAUGAACUGUCCAGAUCUGAUCAAAAGCCAUUUGCUGUUAGAAUUCUAUAACUGCAUAAGACAUUAAACCUGUGUUGUUAUAUGUGUUGUCUUUCUUUAAUUCAUUGCAUGUUCACAGGCAAGUAAUGCAUCUAUUUGUACCAGGCAUUCAUCUUAAUUAUACUCAGAACAUUUCAGUAGUAACAGCAUCAGAACUCUGAAGCUAGAUUAAAAUCAUACUAAGAAUUCUGUUCACAUCAA